GGUGGCUAUUCGGAACCGGACCGCGGUGACCUUGAAGCCAUCACUCUGAAGGAGGAAGGGAACAACUACCUCAGAGCCGGAGAACCCGAAAAUGCCUUGGAUUGCUACCAGAGAUCCCUGGCGCUUUUAGGCGGCAAAGAGGCCUCCGGAAGGGAGGCGGCCACAGUGUUGGGCAACAUCAGUGCAGCACAUGCCAGCCUUCACAAUCCGCGCGCUUCUCUGCAGGCAGCUCGCGCGGCUGGUGUGGCAGAUCCCUCGUACAGCAAAGCCCUGUUCCGGGAAGCCAAGGCGCUCCUGGCCCUUCGAGAGCCCAGCGAUGCAGUGCGCGCAGCCGGGCACCAAGACAUACUUCGGAUGUGCCAUCCAUUUUCGCUUGGGGACUGGUCGCUGAAGAGCAACCGCACCGGCGAACUGGGACCGCGGGACCGACUUUUCGCCGCGAAGAUGGCGUCCUUAACGGUGCAGAUGGAGGCAUACGCCUUCCGCGAACUCGUGGCACAUCUGCAAUGGCGAAAGGAUGUGCAGAACAUCGAUUUAAUGAACCUGGCCGGAUUUUGCCGGAACUGCAUGGCAAAGUGGUAUCAUGCAGGUGCGAAGGUUCAUGGAGUGCCAAUGCAAUACGAAGAGGCCUGGGAGCGGGUCUAUGGUGAGCCUUACGCAGACCGGAAGAAAAAGAAUCAAAAGAAAGCGAGCGAAGAUCAGCUGGCAGUCUUCGAGUCUGGCAAGGACCUCCACGCACGGACAGAGCCCAAGCUGCUGCCAGGAACAGAGGCGGCGCCGGGACAUUCCAACGUCUGUGGACAGGGCUGCGAUGCGCCAGCCGUGCCGGCUGCAGUGUCCGCCGCCGGCGCCACAGCCGCGAAGAUUGCGGUGCUGACUGCGUCGGACCGCGCGGCGGGCGGGGUCUAUGAGGAUAAGUCCGGACCUGCAGUGGUAGAGAUGCUGAAACUCUUCAGCGAGAGAAAUGGGACUUUGUCGCCGACGUUUGUGGAGCAAAAGGUGGUCCCAGACGAUGAAGAUGUCAUUUUCGCCUCCAUGAAAGCUUGGAGUGAAUCGAAGGCCUGCGAUGUCGUGAUAACCACGGGAGGCACUGGCUUUGGUCCUCGAGACGUCACCCCAGAGGCCACCCGGCGUCUGGUGGUGCGCUUGGCCGACGCCCUGUCGCGCGCCAUGGCCUGGCAGACCUCGCUGCUGGAGCCGCGUAGCGUGCUGUCGCGGGGGGUCUGUGGCGUGACGAAGGAGCAGGUGCUGAUCGUGAACCUCCCCGGUCAUCCUAAUGCCGUGCGGCAAUGUCUGUCCGUUUUACUGCCAGUCUUGCCACAUUUGCUGCGAAUGCUCGGGUGAUCAACAGAUUUUGGCAC